UAGGAGAGAGAGGAAGUGCAGACUGCAGAGUGGAGAAGAAAAAUGAAGUGGUCCUUCGCUUCUUUUUCUUUUUGUUCUUCGUCUAUUACAUGCUUGUUCAUGGAAUGGUAGAGUUAGGGUUUGAAAGGAGUACAUUUACCCGGAAUUGCUUUGUGUUGUUUGAUGAGAUCUCACCAUGUUUUAGUGUGUGAAAGUCAGGUUGGUGAUUUUUCUAUAUUCACCUUCUUGCAAUGAGAAAGUCUCCAGGAAAAUGGAUCAAGACACUACUUUUUGGGAAGAAAACUUCAAAAUCUAAUUUAUCAAAAGGAAGAGAGAUUUCGAGGACUGCAAAUGAUAAAGAGGCUUGGGUUGCCCCUAAGGAACCUAUUGCUGGUUUGACUGUGGAUCCUCCCUUGGUUUCACAUUCAGUACCUGCUACCACAGAUAGACAUGGAGGAAACUUGGAGUCAGAAAAAGGGGUAGUUUCCAAUUGUCAACUUGAUGAGGAUGUUUCAUUGUCUGGAACUCAAGAUAAAUAUGGAAGCAGCGGAUCUCAUGCACCAAAUGAUCCAGAAAGAAUCAGGCUGGAGAAAGCUGCUACAAAGGCACAGGCUGCUUUUAGAGGAUAUUUGGCUCGCCGGGCAUUUCGGGCCCUCAGGGGCAUCAUAAGGCUGCAAGCACUUGUUCGCGGUCACUUGGUGAGGAGACAAGCUAUUGCUACUUUACACUGUAUCCAGGGUAUUGUAAAGUUACAGGCAUUGGUUCGUGGUCGAAGAGUCAGACUUUUAGAUACCAGUCUCAGAGUGCAUAGAAAAUACAGUUCCACAAAGGCUCUGGAUGCCAAGUGGUCAGGUUCUUUUGGAUGGACAGAGAAGCCAUCAGUAAAUGCCUUUGUUUGUAAGCUUCUUUCUUCAUCAUCUGCUGUGAUGCCUCUAUGCAUUCAGUAUGAUUUGGAAGAACCUAAUUCAGCCUGGAGCUGGCUUCAUCGUUGGACAUCCUCUCGUUUCUGGAUACCACUGCCACAACCGAAGGUGGUCACUGAUUCAAAGUCUCAGGCAAAGCAAGGGAACACUCAAACUGUAGAAACUGAACUAGGAAAGCCAAAGCGCAGUGUACGGAGGUUUAGUUCAGCAAACGUUGACAAUGGUUCAAUCAAUUCUACCUCUGAGUCUGAGAAACCUAAACGCAAUUUGAGGAAAGUUACAAGCCACCCAGUAGAUUCAGUGCAGGAACACCCACAAAAUGAACUUGAGAAGGUUAAACGUAAUUUAAGAAAGGUUUCUAACUCUAUACUGGAAGUCUCUGAUUGUGUAGAGGUUGAGAAUGAAAAGCCAAAACGCAGUUUGAGAAAGGCACCGAUCUCUCCAGCUCCUAAUGUUUCAGAACAGGACACAAGUGAUUGUGCUGAGAAAACAAAUAAAGAUGCAACAGUUGCAGUGUCCAAACAGCUAGAUGUAGAAACAUCUCCAAAACCAGUGACACCAGAUGGAUUAGCUAAUAAUGUGCUAAUUGAUGAUCAUCCUGUAAUUGAGUUACCCUUGCAGAGCAAUGUAAAAGAUGAGAACGUUCCUGUGACAAACGGGGAGUCAACUUUUAAAGAAGAUACAACUAGCAAUGAGAAGCAGAAAACUAGCAGGCGGAGAGCCUCUUUUCCAGUAAAGCAGGAAUACCCAGAGAAUGGCUUACCAAACACUCCAUCUUUGCCAAGUUAUAUGGCAACAACUGAAUCUGCAAAGGCAAAGCUCAGGACACAAAGCUCCCCAAGGUUCAGCCAUGAUGGGGCUGAUAAGAAUGGUUUUACUAGGCGCCAUUCUCUACCAUCUUCCACAAAUGGCAAGUUGAUCUCAGUGUCACCACGGACACAGAGAUUGGUUCAAACAAGUGGAAAAGGGGGAAUUAGAAGUGAUAAAUCAUUAUUUUCUUCUAGAGAUGGCAAUGAGAGAAUCGUCCAAGCAGAAUGGAGAAGGUAAUGGUUCUGGGAGAGUUAUGGCCUCAUGGAGAGGUGACUAUCUAUUAUUCUUCCUUUUUAUUCCUAUGGUGUACAAUUCUGUUGUAAACUUUGAAGUGGAGUAGGUGAAUAACAGGUUUGUGGUGUUAAAAGCAUCUCCUUAUUUGCCAUGGUAUUGGGGUGUCUCGAGUGUGUAUAGUUACAGGCUUCAGUUUAUGGUUUGGUUUCAUUUAGGCCUCAUUGUGCUUCAUUUUUUAAACCUUUUUUUUUUCACUUAAUGUAAUAGUAGUGCUGACUUCGAAUGCCUUUGAACGCGUGUCAUAUAAACCUAAUUGACAGUUGAAAAUUAUUUGCUUCUUCAAUCCUUAGCUUUAA